AUGAUGUCUGAACUUUCUUUGCAAGCGUUACCAGUAGAAGUGUUGGUAAACGUUUUUAGUCAUCUUGAAGAAUCUGAUUUUAGGGCCCUUGAACAGACCUGCAAACUUUUUGAGAAGAUUGUUCACGAUGAGGAAUUAUGGAAGACAUUAUUCUUACAAAAGAAUAGUACACUAUGGUUUCCAUCUUUCUCUCGUGCAAAUUUGUAUAGCAUAGAAUACGUUGAACGGAAUACGGGAUUAAAUCAGUGGAGACAUAACAGGGCUACCAAAACCAAAUACAGCAUAACACAUGAUGUUACCCAACAAUCUCAUGAUAUAUCCAGCAUAGUGUUUGAUUUUCCAAGAUGUGCUUGCUAUAAUGAGGGUAUGGUUACAUUCUUACAAUUGCAUACGAAGAGGAGAAAAGAUAGAGUUGCAUAUAUUCAAUGUACCACCCCACAUGGUACGUCUGCCAGACAUUUUAAUAUUAAUGCAGUGGUUUUUGGUAGAUAUGAUGGGAGGGUGUUUGGAAAACUUCUAACAAAUAAGUCAUACCUAUCUCCCGUCACUGAGUUUGAUGGCAGGCAUUUUGCAGCUGUUACUGCUAUAAUAACAACCGCUUAUCAAGAUUCUUCUGAUGAUAUCUGUGUUAGUGGAGAUGAAUCGGGCGAAGUUAUAUGGUGGCGAAAUACACAUAAAGAGAGACAACUUAAAAUAUCUACACAUCCUAUCGCUGAUCUUCAUGUUCAUAAAGGGAUCACUGUCGCGAUAGAUUUGGAGACAAUAUUUGUUAUUGACUCCAAUUCGGAAGUGCACUCCAUCAAUCUACAGAAGAAAACUAAUGUUGAUUUUUCAGCAUGUAAAUUUAUCAAAGUUGAUUUUGGUGGAAAGAAUAUCAUCUUUGCGACGCUAUUUCAAGUUUAUGUGAUUUCAAUAGAUAUUAGGAAAGAUUUCGGCACCACUAAAGUCAUGAAUUUUGAUCAUCCAAUUCAAGAACUUUCUAUCGAUGAGUCAACGGCUAAAAGAGAGAGGAAUCCCCAUUUGCCUGGUGGCGAUGGAUGUUAUAUAUCAGUUUUAACUGAAGAUCGGACGGUUUACACUAUUAAUGUUAGAGUUCCUGGUUCAGAAUUGAAAUAUCAAACUAAAUUGGCUUUCAAUGAAAACUGGAUUACCUGCCAAAUAAACAAUCUAGUACUUGUUUGUGCAUUCAGUGGUAUGAUUGGUAUCUACGAUGCUAUAACAGGAAAUGAGAUUCGUGUAGUUCAAAACACAGAACCUUAUCCCGAAUUUUUAAAUAUUUCCCAUGGUCAGAUACUUAUGGGGAAAGGGACGACACUAUUUUACUAUCAAUAUGUGUCUGAACAAGAUAACUCAAGGAAAAAGAAGGGAGGUAAUAGAGCGCGCAGUAAUAAAUGGAAUGAGAACUUGCAACAACAACUCAAUAUUUAUGACGAUGAGGAACAAAGACGUAUAGAAGAACACAAUAGAAUGGCAAAAUUACAAAAAAAAUUCGUUGGAGAUAUUGACGAUGAAGAGCUCCAAUUAAAAAUUGCUCUUUUAGAGUCAGAGUCCUUAAGUAAUUCAACUCAACAGAAUCAACCCCAUCUAUCUGCUGGAGGUGAUAUGAACAAUGUGGAUGGUGUCGUUUCAGAAUUAUUUGCAAAUGAUGAGGAUAUUGAUGAAGACUUCCUAAGAGCUCUUCAAGAAAGUACCGAAGAAGAACACAGAGAUAAGCUUAGAAAGAAACGCAAUCACCAACCUAUAGGUGAACUUCAACAUACCCAUGCGGUUAAUUAUAUGAGCGAUACGGAAUCGCUUGAUGAGGAAACAAAAAGGCAAAUUGCAAUGAUAGAUGCAGCACAAGAACACGGGGAGCAAACCAAUCCUGAAAAUGACGACGACCUUGCACUUGCCAUAGCUCUUUCUUUAAGUCAAAUGAAUGACUGA